UUUGUUCAGGAAAAGGUGUAAAACUAACAGCCUUGAGCAAGAACAUACAGAAACAUGAGGCCGAGCAAAAAUAUACAGAAACAUGAGGCCAAGCAAAGAAGGUAAUAGGAAAAACAAGAAUAUAUCCUCCUCCCCAAAAAGAACCCGACCCGUUAACCCAUCAGGAGCUGAUUCAGGUUCUCGCCAUUUUAGGCUAUCUCCUCCACCCUCGGUCUCAGUGGUUGACCGUGAAAUCGUGACUGAAGACUUGGCUUUGUUUGAAAUUUCCCCCAAAACCAACCCAAGAAGUUUUCCAUAUACUGUGAAGCAGCAGUGCUGGGCGAAGGCAGAGAAAGUGAAGGGAAGAGACCCAGAUCGAUGGCGCCGAGACCCGUUGGGGAACAUUGUCUUUCGGAAGCUUGUGGGCUGUCCUGGUUGUCUAUGCCAUGACUAUGACCAUAUUACUCCCUAUUCUAAGGGUGGAGAAAGUACAUUAGGGAAUUGUCAGGUUUUGCAGGCGACAGUUAAUAGAUCCAAGGGGAAUCGAACUGAUAUAUCAAAAGCUGAACUUAUUCAGAAAAGUUCAUAUUGUCGGGUUUCAGUACAUCCAGGUCGUGACAUGGAUCUUCUUGAACUUUCUGCCUAUGGCAAUGUCCGUCAUUGUCAAGAUUCUGGGGGUUGUAAAAUUCAAUGAGUCAUUUUUAUGACUUUAUACUCAAGAAUGGCAUUGUAUACUUCCCCUUGACUAAGACUAUGCUAAGUUGAACUUAUGCUAAGUUUCAUAUACUUGUUGCAACUUGUAUAUAGUCUGUCUACAAAUCAAGUUGCUCUAAUUGCUGCCA